GUACUGCAGAACAGGCCUGCUUAGUUAUGAUAUACAGAAACCCAGUUGUUUUAACAACUACUGACAGACGAGCCCUCAGGUUUUUUGUUCAAAAGGGUUUAAGUUUCUUGUUACUGGUUUUUACCAUGCACAAAAAGUUCUUAAACAGUAGUGGCAGGCAGUUUAUACUGUGUCUGAGCUUUGCAAACAGCUGAAACAGCUAAAAAAGUGCUUUGCAUGGAGCAGAAGUAAUUUUAUAAUCUUAAGGGAAAGGGAUGUGAAACCUUAUAUCCGCCUUGGAAAAGUUCGGACAGACUGUAAAUGUUAUGAAAGCAGCAAAUAGGCCAACCAGGCAAAUCAGUGAUACUCAGAGACAAGUUUUGUAGAAUAAAAGGGAUUUGUUGCUUAAGGCAGAUGGUGUGUGCAACUCGAUGCUGACUGUAGUGGGUUAGCUGAGGUGCUGAUCCCCCUCUCUUACACGGAUAGUCUCAGCUUACAUCUCUUUUGAUAACCAUGGCAUGUGACUGUGAAGAGCUGUUCUCAAGUGACCAAACUGGGAACAUCUGAGAUUCAAAAUGCACAAUAGCGCGGCAUGGAAUUACACCCUAAUGCAACCUGAAUCAGCAGUUUUAUUCCGAAGCAGACGUUGUUGAAGCUGGAGAUGACAGAACUGUGCAUAGUCAUUGAUGAAUCCCAAGCUUAGGAGACUUUAUCAUCUUGUCACUUGUAGGUUAAAAAGUCUGUUCUGUACCUGCAGCUCUGUAAGUGACCGCAGUGAAGAGCUGUGGUGCCCACUGUCAGUGACCUGCUGAAGAAUAUUCAAAGAAGAAAACUUUUCAAAGCUGGGGGUUGGACUAGAUGAUCUUUCGAGGUCCCUUCCAACCCCUAUGAUUCUAUGAUUCUAUGAUUUUCCUCCUCAUUUCAUGUUAUUUUUUCCGUCAGUCAGUUAAUGGUUUUCAUUCCAACUUCAGAGUGCUAGAAUACAAUGCCAGCUACAUCUGAUAUGAAAACAAGAUAGAUGAUGUCUUGUUCCAAGUCCCUUCAGCUGUCCUCACCAUCAGGUUUCUGUGGCUGUGAAAGAGCAGGGUCGCAAAAUACAUCUACAGCUGUCCGGCAAAACCCGUUUCCAAGUGAUUCCGCCGCAAAAAGGUGCCAAAGGCCGAGGGCUCUGCCGAGGGGAAUCCUCCCCGCAUCAAAGCAGGAGGGCUCUGACAUCUGCGGUUUGGCAGGAGCUGGAGAUGGUGGCUCCGCCGGGAAAUGUGUGGGAUAAGAGUGACACGCCGUGGCCAGCCGGGUGAAACGCCAUGUCUGCAUUCUCACAGGCUUUCUUUGUUGUCAUCCGUUUUACCUGGCAGGAGGAUAGUAAACACCAGCUUGUCAUUUUCAUUCUUAUUGAUAAUUUCCAGUGUCUUUUCAGUACAAUUCCCUUAUUGCUAUAAAAUGUCCUAAACGUGUAAGUUAAGACGAAAACUACAAAGAAAUGACCAAACAAAACUUGGCGUCCACUGACUGGGAGGAGCACUGACAGUAAGACUCCACCGUUACUCUGGAACUUGGCAGGUUGUAUGAGGUGCAUUUUCAGGCCCAUGCUUAUGUUGUCAUUUUAAUCACAUUUUGUCCUGUGGAACUGGAACAAGGGAAGGCCAAGAGGAACUAGAUUUGCAAAGCAGAAUUUCCUCUGGACUAAUCUGGAGAGCUGCACUUCAUCAGCAGCUUUAAUUUUUACUACCCAUAGAAGUAACAGAUUGCUUUUGCAUUCUGAGGAGAAAGAUCUGGGAGUCCUGGUAGACAGUAAAUUAUCCAUGAGCCAGCAGUGUGCCCUUGCAACAGAGAGGGCCAAUGGAAUCCUGGGGUGCAUAAGGAGAGUGUGGCCAGUAGAUCAAGGGAGGACAUUCUGCCCUGGUGAGGCCACAGCUGGAAUACUGUGUCCAGUUCUGGGCUCCUCAGUUCAAGAGAGACAGGAAUAAGGAAGAGAGACACAUAGGCUGGAAGUUUAAACUAGAACAGGUUUACUGGAACAAGGAAGGGAUAGUAACACGGGCGUUGAGGAACAGAUCUACAAAUACGUACAAAACCCGACCUCGAUGAUCACAAGGAUAAGUGUCCAAAGGUCCAUUGUGGCAGAGCCGACUUGGGAAAAGGGUCCACGUCUCUUUCCAGCACCCGAUUGUAUUGUACCCCGCAGGAUUUGUACCCUGCAGAGCAUGUGGUGAGCUGAUGACAAAACAGGAGCCUCCCUCUCCAAGACCUCCAGGUGCAGCAAAGAAGCAAGGAAGAAGAGAGCAGGAAAAUGGACAGACUUCUGGUCCUCCUGGCUUUUAUAGAAUAUAGCAGAAAAUGGGUGGGGAUACUGAUCUGUCUCUGUUCUGGCCCCGGAUCCUUCAGAGUCCUAAAGGACCUAUUUCUAGGUCCUCGUAUUUGGACUGUAAAAUUAGCCUGGGUCCCCUCAAACCAUGCUGUGGUUUUUGUCUGUGACACAGGCAACGCCCAGAGCAGGGCUUACAUAUGUUACCCCACCCCUCCCUUCUUCCCGGGCCCAAAUCACUUUGUUCCCGGUUUCUCUGCCUCCUUCCCACCAGCGGCACAGGGGGACAGGGGAUGGGGUUUAGAGUCAGUUCACAGGCUGGUGGUUCCUGCUGCUCCUUCCUCCUCAGGAAGAAGGAUUCCUUACCAUCCUCCCCUACUUCCCCACGGGGUCCCUCCCAUGGGAGAGAGUCCUCCACGAACCUCUGCUUCAUGAGUCCUUCCCACGAGGUACAGAGCUGCUCCAGCCUGGGCUUCCCACAGAGUCACGAGCUGCUUAGGGAACAAACUCCCCCGGCACCGGGGUUUUCCAAAGCUGCAUAAUCCAUGUCCACGGGCCACAAAAUCCAAGUCCACUGGCCAAGUUCACCCCUCCUGGCACCUUCAGGGAAUGUCCCACCAUGUUCCUGCAUGAGUGCAGGGGGACAGCUGCCAUCUCGCCAUGGGUUGCAGGGAAACUUCUGCUCGGGCACCUUUUUCCCCUUCUUCCUCACCAACCACAGGCACUACUCUGCCUCUCCAGCACAGCUCUUCUCCUUUAAGUGCUCUUCUGCUCUGGUUGUACACCAGUUUUUUCGUAUGUUAACUGAGGCGCAUCUAUUGUCCCUCUAAUGGCUCCUUGGCUGGGUUUGGAGCAGGGGCAGCUUCUCAGCUUCUUGCCAGAGCCACUCCUGGGGCCCUUUCCCUGCUACCAAAAAUCCUGCCAAACCAAACCAGCACAAACCAUAGCAUUCCUAUAGUACUAGUCCUGAUUAUUGCUCUUGGUGAUUAAUAUCUAGGAAACGGGAAUGCAUGCCUAACAAACAGCAAAUACAUUGACUGAAAUUCUAUGAAAUUAGAAAUGAAAUAAUCAACCACUAGCUUUGCUCCUGUGAAUUCAGAAACAUGAAACACGAGGCAAGAGCAUUUGUUCUAUCUACAUUAGACGUGGCUGUGAUAGGGGCUGUCCUCAUCUCUGAACACAAUUUCUGAAUUAUUUAGCAUACAGCCUUUCUGCUCUGGCAAUAAACUCACUCAGAGCUCAUCUCAUCUGCUUUUACUUUUUUCUCUUUCAUUCUUUCUUAAACAGACUUGCAAUUGCUCCCAUGUAUUAUUUACUGGAAACACUAUGCUUUUAUAACAUAGCUGUGGGUGGAACAGACUCUGUAGGCACCAUUUGCACCCCAUAUUUGGAAUAAUUGGCAGGAAGAAAGAAAAUAGGCUGCAGUUUGAUACAUAAGGCAUGAGAAUGUAAAAGAAAACAGAAAGAAUAUAGAGUUGCCUCUAUUUGCCCAUGAAUUGCACUGUUCUGUGCUAUAGAAAACCUGAAAACAAUCUUCAGUAGAACAGUACCCUAGUUGCAUUCUUUAUUCUGGCUAUAUUUUUCGUUCCCUUUCUUUUAAAUCUUUUUUAUUAUUGUUAUUAUAUUUAUUUUUUUAAUUACAGAAGCAGCCUACUCCUGUAGCAUGUUAGAGAGUGAUGCAAUAAAGCAGCCAUCACAUCAUCUUUUAAAUACUCAAAUACUCAUUGGAAUCUCAACCCUUGCUUCCUGUAAUUGUAUUUUAGUUUACUUAAAAUAAAUUUCAGGGCUGUGAAUGUCUGGUCAGAUGAAACAGAUGUCUACCUCCUAUCAAGCCUCAGCAAAAGCAGGAGAAACAUGAAAACAUCAUGAGAUGAUUCACUCAACCCACUGGUGCAUCAAAAAACGCCAACUACAUUGAUCCUACAGUACAAUGCAACAUGGGGUGAAAGGUUUUACCAAAAUGGAGAACAAGCAGGUUAAGGAGCCAGACAACAGUUAAACUUCUUUUUAAAGAUUAAGAACUGAGAUGAACGAGUAACCCUCAGGCAGCAGCUCACACUACAGAGCGUGCACACAGUUUCCUGAAGGACUGUGAUCUGCUGCACAGCAUAGUUCUCUUUUUUAAUUCCUAUCUAGAGAUCUUCCUGCCCUUUUUCCAUUUAUAGACUAGUUUCAGAAAAGAUCAUACACUGCAUGAGUUAUCACAUGCAUGGUGCUGUUUUUUAUAUGGUUAGAUUAACUCUGCAACAACUGCUGUAAACAAGCAUCAGCUUUUGAAUUGACCUAAAGCCUGAGCAUAGCAACACAACUUAUACACACACCAGCUGCACAAAGCUUGUGGAGGCUCUCAAUGCCAAUCAGCUCUGUGGGUUAACCAUGGGUUAACCAGGGAACUACUAGAGAGAGUCCAGUGGAGGGCAACAAAGAUGACAGGGGGAUUGGAGCAUCUCUUUUAUGGGGAAAGGCUGAGAGAGCUGGGACUCUUUAUCCUGGAGAGGAGAAGGCUGAGGGGAGACCUUAUUAAUACCUGCAAGUAUCUAAAGGGUGGGUGCAGGGAGGAUGGAGCCAGACUGUUGUCAGUAGUUCCCAGUGACAGGAUGAGGGACAACAGGCACAAGCUGGAACAUAGGAAGUUCCACUUAACUAUGAGGAAAAUCUUCUUUAGUGUGAGGGUGACAGAGCACUGGAGCAGGCUGCCCAGGGAGGUUGUGGAGUCUCCUUCUCUGAAGAUACUCAAAACCCAUCUGGAUACAGUCCUGAGUAGUGUGCUUUAGGGGAUCCCCUUUAGCAGGGGAGUUGGACUAGAUGAUCUGUAGAGGUCCCUUCCAACUGUGACAAUUCUCUGAUUCUGUGACAUCUGUCACAGAAAUACCUUGCAAAACAUGGUCUGUAGGACCCCUUGCAAUCCCAUGCAGCCUAUCUGGGCUGGACUACUUGUUUUGUUCUGUUUCUCAUUCAUCUUCCUUUUUUAAAAGAUGGAAAACUGACACAUCUUUCCUCCAGGGUAAGAAAUAUGCCUCAGGUUGGCCACCAGUAAUGUGGUCACUGACCGGACAGUCCCUUCCACAUGCUGAACUUCAUUCCCAGCAAUGGUGGCAGGCGACAUGGAGGUGUCCUGUGGAGAUCAUUGCUGGGGGAAUGGCAUCUCCCACAGACACAUGGAAGUUGCCUGUGGUCCUGGGGAAGCACAGAUGAAUCACAUUUCCUUCUCAAGCAAAGGUGGCUGGAGAGCAGCUCGGCGUUAAUGCCGCAGUGUGAGGUCUGCAGCCACUUUCAGUUCUUAACGUUUCUGAGCUGUCUUUUAGGAGCAAAACCCAACCAAUAAAGAGGUAAAUAUUUGCUUUCCUGGGACUCUGCCUGGCUGCCAUCAGCUGCUCUUGCACAAGCAACUCUGGGAGCUGUUUCAGCAGCACAUUUUGGCCUCUGGCAUGUAGAGUUCAAGUGAUGCUUUCUUUUAAGGGAUUUUUUUACCCCCUCAGCCACAGAGGACUGACUUUGUUUCACUUACAAAAGUUAAAACGUAAAUACUUUGAUGUAAAGAAUUUUAUAGGUUUUUACCCCAGGGAAGGCAUUUUAACUCAUUGUAUUUCAGUGAGACAUUAAAAAACAUGCAUGUGUGCAUUUUUUUAAAUUUCUGUCGUUACCUUCCACACAACAGAUAGUAAAAGCUGAGGCUACAAAGAUUUGUUUUGUAUUCUUUUAACAUAAGACAGGGAGAAAAAUUGUCAGUUGUCUUGUUGCUCGUGUUUAAAUCCACGCCCUUGAGCUGUGAUUCAGCAAAUUCCCAGAGUAACCCUGAUCUGAAACCCAGGUUCCUCCUUGUCCUGUCCUGCUGGGGGUGGAUUUCCGCUAGAGAAGCCAAUGAAAAGAAGGUCAUUGUUGUUUGUUUUUUUUCUGUAGGUGGGGAGGAGGAAACUUGCUCCACCAUCUCCCCACAUCUUCCUGCAGUGUUGGCUCUCUUUUGUGGCUAUCGCUUCAGGUCAUGAAUGAAAAUGGAAGUGAGAGGCAGCAGAGCUGGGCUAUGGAAAUGGUUCUGAACACAGCUCCCUGGCUCUGCUCCACAUCUCAUAAAUAAUACCCUCAUUUCAGCUACCAAGAGAAGGAAGAGCAAACUGCCUGUGCGUCUCUUCAGCAAACCGAGGUGCUUCUCUUGGGGAGGCAAGACAGCAUUCUGUGAUUAACUGGCAUUAUCAAGGAAAUACACGUGCUUUCCGUUUGGCUGCAAUUCUGUUUCUGCCACAGUUGUGGCAGCGUCCUGAUGGGGAAGCUGAUCUCCAAAGGCCGGUGUGCCGGAGAUGCUCGGGUUGUCAUGCUGGGGCUCGACUUCGCCGGCAAAUCCACCCUUCUGUACAAACUGAAGCGUGGCCAGGCUGUGGAGACCUGCCCAACAGUGGGCUUCAACGUGGAAUCUCUGCAAACACCCUGUCACAUACCCUUCACCCUCUGGGACGUGGGCGGACAAGGCAGCCUGCGGGCAAGCUGGCCUGACUACCUGGAGGACACCAACACCCUCAUCUUUGUGCUUGACAGCACAGACACAGCGCGGCUGCCUGAAGCGGCGGCAGCGCUGGAAGAAGCCCUGAGCCACCCCAGCAUGGCUGGUGUCCCCGUCCUCCUCCUGGCCAACAAGCAGGAGGUGCCAGGGGCGCUGGCUCCUGCUGAGCUGGGGGAGAGGCUGCGGUGGGGGCGGCUGGAGGAGCGGCGCUGGGUGCUCCUGGGGUGCAGUGCCCGCACCGGACAGGGCCUGCAGGAAGCCCUGGUCGUCCUGGGAGAGCUGCUGCAAGGUUUGGAGCAGAGGUCCCCACCCCAAGAGCAGCCCCUCGCAGGGCCAGCGGUGAGGAGGCAAGCUCUAGAGCAAACCUGAACUUCAGGUGGACCCUUCCCAGUUGUGCCUGCCAGCAGGUUUGUCACAGGGGAUCCCAGCCUGAGCAGACCUGCUGCUGGUAGACUCUGCAGAACCCUCAGCUGCUCACCACCAAAACCCACUAGGAAGACCUCUGAGCUAAACUUCCAUUGUGGAGCAUUUUUGGCCCCGUCUCUUGGACUCCCAUCACUGGCUGCAGCUUUUCCUACUGCCUCCAGGCUCUGCUUAUCCAUUGUGUGCAUGUUUAGUGCUUCAGCAGGGAUGCUUUUUGCCAGAGCAAUAUAAAUUAUAACAGAGAUGUGCAAAAGGGACAGAGAGAUUUUCUUCUUUCUAUGGCUCCCAGCCCAGAUACAGCUAUCCUUAUGGACUGAUCCCCACAGGGGGGUGUUUGGAUGUUCCCCAGGCUGAUUCUCUCUCAGCUUGAAUCACACAUUCAUCAGCUAGAAAAGAAAGCAGCCAUGAAAAGGAAUGGCUGAAUGGGAAUAGCAUAAGCACAGGACUUCAAAUGGCCAACAGAUCAUUUGUUUUAAUGCAACAUCUAUGGGUAUAAUCUUCAAGCCAUGGAAGCAAGUCAGGAUUUGAUGGCAUAAUGUGGUUCGAGGAUGUGCAUAUAUUAAUUUCUGCAUUUUUUGUCCUGGGUCUUUCUUACCCAUUCAUUAUUUUUAUCAAAUACUGAUUUCAUGAAAAUGGUACCUCAUUUUCCUUGGAUCAUAUUUAAAUAUAAGAAAUCAAACCUCACUUCUAGAUGUUUGGAAACACAUCUGCAUGGCCAGUCAACCUCUAAAUACACUCCUGGUGGUCUGAACAGCCAAGAUGAAGCCCUGUCUCUCAGACAUUUUGAAACUGGAUGAGACCACUCUACAGGCAAUGGUUGGUAACCAUGGGCACCUAUGGGCAUAGGCAGGUUGUUAACUAACGGGUUCUCCAUGCUCAAAUGCAUCCAGGGCAGCUGAAAUGCCCCUGGCAGCUCAGAGUGGGGCCUGGUCCCUUGUUGCAGUGAUGACCUUUGUCUGAUCCUGCUCAACCUGCCCUCAUAAAGACCAAUAAAAUAAUGUGCUUGAGAGCUCCCUGUACCCAAAAUUCUGUUAUUAAAGGUUAAAAAUUUUAAAAUGU